UUUAACGUAUUUGCAAUUUGGCAAGGUGCUGUCUUUACCAACGUCAUCGUCUUUCUGCUGAACAUUGGUGCUCAUUUUUAUGACAUGCUCAAUCGCAGAAUUUAUCUGCAUUUACCGCACAUUCGUUCGUCUUACUAUUGCGAUAUUAAAAUGCACAAAACAAUCACGUUUGAAGCUAUAAACUCUAUCAAACAAAAUCACCAUCUGGUCACUACCAACGUCGAAAUAGUUAUCCGGAUUGUGAGCUUUCCGAUGGCGUGCCUGUUGUUCGUUCAUUUCAUUAUUAUCAUAUCGGAAAUAUUCUACGCUUACACAUCCAUCGUACAGGACAUCAAAAACGAAGCGGACGUGCCUUUGGGAACGUAUAUGAGCUCUAUACUGUUUGCCAUUUUUGAAGCCAUCCAGUUUUACUACAUCGUGUCCGCUAGCUCUGAAAUCACCGAGCAGGCAGAAAAAAUGGGGUUGCUCCUGAACGAGUACAUUCCAACAGGACCUAAUCUAAGGGUCGAACGAUGUAUUGAAUCAUUCACCAUAGAGUUAUUGCACCAGGACUUUAAAAUCAACAACUGCGGCAUGUACAAUGUUGAUUACACAUUAAUGUUCUCGAUGAUAGCAACAAUAACCAGUUACCUAAUAAUGUUGGUGCAGUUUCAGCUGGCCGAAUUUUAA